UGCAAAGUGAGAGACAGCGAAACCUCGGCAGCCUGGAGCCUGUUGGGUUAUCAUGGCGAUAAGAGGCACGUCUUCCCCCUGAGUCUCCGUGGCAACAAACGCUUUGCUUUCCCGCUACAUGAAAACACACGCUGAGCCCCGAGCAGCGCGGAGACCUGCCGGACUUUCAGCCCAGAUUGGAGGAAGGACAUAGCGAGUGACCGUCAUGGCAGCGUCGGAGGAGCUGUACACAAAGUGUGCUCGGGUUUGGAUACCUGAUGUAGAGGAGGUGUGGAAGUCUGCUGAGCUCACCAAGGACUACAAAAGUGGAGAUGUCUCCCUGCAGCUCAUGCUGGAAGAUGGAAGGAACAUUGAGCACAAGCUGGACCCUAAGACAAAAAACCUGCCUUACCUGCGAAAUCCUGACAUUUUGGUGGGCGAGAAUGACCUCACAGCGCUCAGCUACCUCCACGAGCCAGCAGUGCUGCACAACCUCAAAGUCCGCUUCAUCGACUCGAAGCUUAUCUACACUUACUGCGGAAUCGUGCUUGUGGCCAUUAACCCGUACGAGACGCUGCCCAUCUAUGGAACAGAUAUCAUCAACGCCUACAGCGGUCAGAACAUGGGCGACAUGGACCCACAUAUCUUCGCUGUAGCAGAGGAAGCUUACAAGCAGAUGGCCAGGGAUGAGAGGAACCAGUCGAUUAUUGUAAGCGGGGAGUCUGGUGCAGGAAAGACGGUGUCAGCCAAAUACGCCAUGAGAUACUUUGCUACGGUCAGCGGCUCAGCCAGUGAGGCCAAUGUGGAGGAGAAAGUCUUGGCUUCCAACCCCAUCAUGGAGGCCAUCGGAAAUGCAAAGACCACCAGAAAUGACAACAGCAGUCGCUUUGGGAAAUACAUCGAGAUCGGCUUUGACAACCGUUACCGUAUCAUCGGUGCCAACAUGAGAACAUAUCUGCUGGAGAAAUCGCGAGUGGUAUUUCAGGCGGACGAGGAGAGAAAUUAUCAUAUCUUCUAUCAGCUUUGUGCAUCUGCACAUCUGCCUGAGUUCAAGGCUCUGAAGCUAAGCAGUGCAAAUGACUUCCUGUACACGAGGCAGGGCCGCAGCCCCGUUAUCGACGGAGUGGAUGACACCAAGGAGCUUUGCACCACACGCAAUGCUUUUUCCUUGCUGGGUAUUAAUGAGUCCUAUCAGAUGGGUUUGUUCCAGGUUUUGGCUGCCAUUCUUCAUCUGGGAAAUGUGGAGAUUAAGGACAGAGAUGCAGACAGCAGCGUUAUUCCUCCCAACAACCGUCACCUGAUGGCGUUUUGCGAGCUGGUGGGCGUGACCUACCAGGAUAUGUCCCAGUGGCUGUGCCACAGGAAGCUGAAGACGGCCACAGAGACGUAUAUCAAGCCCCUCCCUCGUCUGCAGGCCACGAAUGCCCGUGAUGCCCUGUCCAAACAUAUCUACGCCAAGCUCUUCAACUGGAUUGUGGAGCACGUCAACAAGGCUCUGGUGACAAAUGUUAAACAGCACUCCUUCAUCGGAGUCCUCGACAUCUACGGGUUUGAGACAUUUGAAAUCAACAGCUUUGAGCAGUUCUGUAUCAACUACGCUAAUGAGAAGCUGCAGCAACAGUUCAACAUGCAUGUGUUCAAACUGGAGCAGGAGGAGUACAUGAAGGAGCAGAUCCCCUGGACUCUGAUCGACUUCUAUGACAAUCAGCCGUGCAUCAACCUCAUAGAAGCUAAGAUGGGCAUCCUGGACCUGUUGGACGAGGAGUGCAGGAUGCCUAAAGGUUCGGAUGACUCAUGGGCUCAAAAGCUGUACAACACCCACCUAAAGACUUGUUCCCUGUUUGAGAAGCCUCGCAUGUCCAACCGCGCCUUCAUCAUCCAGCAUUUUGCAGACAAGGUGGAGUACCAGUGUGACGGCUUCCUGGAAAAGAACAAGGACACGGUGAAUGAAGAGCAAAUCAAUGUGAUGAAAGCCAGCAAGAAGUUUAACCUGCUGGUGGAGCUGUUCCAGGACGAGGAAAAGGCAACCAGCCCCACUGGUCAGGUCCAGGGAACCGGGGGCCGCACCCGUCUCAGCAUCAAACCCGACAAGAGCCGGGACACGAGCAGCAAAGAGCACAAGAAGACUGUCGGCUGUCAGUUUCGUAACUCUCUACAAAAGCUGAUGGACACUUUGAACGCGACCACUCCUCACUACGUACGCUGUAUCAAACCCAAUGACUUCAAGUUGGCCUUCUCGUUUGAUCCCAAACGUGCGGUGCAGCAGCUCAGAGCCUGCGGCGUCCUGGAAACCAUCCGGAUCUCUGCUGCAGGUUUCCCAUCGAGAUGGACGUAUCAGGAGUUCUUCAGCCGUUACCGAGUGCUGAUGAAGCAGAAGGACGUCCUCGCUGACAAAAAGUUGACCUGCAAGAACGUUCUGGAAAAAUUAGUGCAGGAUCAGGAUAAAUAUCAGUUUGGCAAGACUAAGAUCUUCUUCAGAGCCGGUCAGGUGGCUUACUUGGAGAAACUGAGGGCAGACAAGCUGCGUGCCGCCUGUAUCCGCAUCCAAAAAACCAUCCGCUGCUGGUUGGCACGCAAGAAGUACCUGCGCAAGCGCAGUGCUGCCAUUACCAUACAAAGGUUCACCAGAGGAUACCAGGCCCGCUGCCUGGCCAAGUUCUUGCGCCGCACUCAGGCAGCCACUAUCAUCCAGAAGUACCAGAGGAUGUACGUGGAGAGGAAACGCUACAAGCAGAAGCAGGCAGCCGCUCUGGCCAUGCAAACCAUCCUCAGAGCUUACAUGGCCCGGCAGAAGUAUCAGGCGCUGUUGCGGGAGCAUAAGGCGGUAAUCAUUCAGAAGCACAUUCGUGGCUGGUUGGCCCGGUGCUGGUACAAGCGCUGCCUGGAAGCCAUCGUCUACCUGCAGUGCUGCAUCCGCAGGAUGAGGGCCAAGCGUGAGCUGAAGAAGCUGAAGAUUGAGGCUCGCUCAGUCGAACACUUUAAGAAGCUCAACAAAGGCAUGGAGAACAAAAUCAUGCAGCUGCAGAGGAAGAUCGACGAGCAGAGCAAGGAAAACCGGUUGGUCAACGAGAGGCUAGUCGGCCUGGAGAGUUCCUACACAGUGGAGAGCGAGCGAAUGCGCGGCGAGCUGAACCGGUUGCGCGGGGUGGAGGAGGAUGCCAAGAACAAAGCCAACCAGGUGUCCUCUCUGCUGGAGGAGUUGGAGAGGCUGAAGAAGGAGCUGAGUGCCACGCAGCAGGAGAAGAAGACCAUCGAGGACUGGGCACAAAGUUACAGGGACGAAAUGGAGAAAAUGGUGGCAGAGCUGAAGCAUCAGAACGGGCUGCUGAAGAAAGAGAAGGACGACUUGAAUCGGUUGAUUCAGGAACAGAGUCAGCAGAUGACAGAGAAAAUGACUCGUGCGAUAGCAGAGGAGACUCAACAGCUGGAGACCGACCUGAACGAGGAGCGUUCUCGCUACCAGAAUCUCCUGAGCGAACACCUUCGCCUCGAGGAGAAAUACGACGACCUCAAGGAGGAGAUGGCUCUUUCUUCGAACGUCUCGAAGCCUGGCCACAGGAGAACAGAUUCUACCCACAGCAGCAACGAAUCAGAGUACACGUACAACUCCGAGUACGCCGAGUUGGAAGAUGGUACCCGUGGCCGCGAAGAUGUGACACGAGGAAUCGACACCUCGCUAACUCUCAAGCUGCAGAAACGUGUCACAGAGCUGGAGCAAGACAAGCAGUUGCUGCGCAACGAACUGGAAAACAGAGAGGAGCAGCUGCAGCGGGCUAGUGCCAUGGCUCGUGGGGCUGAGCUGGAGUACGAGUCCCUGAAGCGUCAGGAGCUCGAGUCAGAGAACAAGAAGCUGAAACAUGACCUGGAGGAGAUGAGGAAAAGUCUGCUCGGUAACGCUGCUACGGGCGCCGGUGCUCCGGGCUCGCCAGCUUACAAGGUGCUCCUGGAACAGCUCAACGCCUCCUGUGAGGAACUGGAGGUCCGCAAGGAGGAGGUGCUAAUCCUGCGCUCCCAGCUGGUCAGUCAGAAGGAGGCCAUGCACCACAAGGAUGAGAAGGAGACCAUGACGGAGCCUUCAGUGUAUAAAGAUGACGUGUCCAAACUGAAGGACGACGAAGUCAAGCAAGCUUACGUAGGCCUCAAAGACACCAACAGAUCUGCUGCUCCAGACUUACGUAAGCUGAAUGAGGACGGAGAGCUGUGGCUGGUUAAUCAGGGCUUGAAGGAGACCAUCAGGCUACUGGAGCACCAGCUGCAGACUCAGCGGAGGACUUAUGAUAAUGAGGUGGAGUCGUUGCGCAGCGAGCUGCAGAACGUCAAGGAGGAGAACAACCGGCAGCAGCAGCUCUUAGCCCAGAAUCUGCAGCUGCCUCCAGAGGCCAGAAUCGAAGCCAGUCUGCAACACGAGAUCACCCGGCUCACCAACGAGAACCUGGAACUCAUGGCAGACGACCCCACGGCAUCCCGAGAGGCUCGAGUCGUCAUUUUACGGCGGAUGGUUGAUCUAAUGGAGCAGCUAGAGAAGCAGGACAGAACAAUCCGAAAGCUCAAGAAGCAGCUGAAAGUUUACUCCAAGAGGAUUGGAGAGAUGGGAGCCGGUCAAACCGAAGGCCAGACAUCUCCGGGACAGAUGGUGGAUGAGCCGAUCCACCCUGUCAACAUUCCUCGCAGGGAGAAAGACUUCCAGGGAAUGCUAGAGUACAAGAAGGAGGAUGAAAUGAAACUGGUUAAGAACCUCAUCCUGGAACUAAAACCUCGUGGUGUAGCAGUGAAUCUGAUCCCAGGUCUGCCAGCCUACAUCCUGUUCAUGUGUCUGAGACAUGCAGACUACGUCAACGAUGACCAGAAGGUCCGCACUCUGCUCACGUCAACCAUCAACAGCAUUAAAAAGAUCUUAAAGAAACGAGGAGAUGAUUUUGAGACCGUCUCUUUCUGGCUGGCCAACACCUGCCGCUUCCUGCACUGUUUGAAACAGUACAGCGGAGACGAACAAUUCAUGAAACACAACACGUCGAGGCAGAACGAGCACUGUCUGUCCAACUUCGACCUCGCAGAGUACAGACAAGUGAUCAGCGACCUGGCCAUCCAGAUCUACCAGCAGCUGAUCAAAUGCAUGGAGAACAUCCUCCAGCCCAUGAUAGUCUCUGGCAUGUUGGAGCACGAGACCAUUCAGGGCGUGUCAGGAGUUAAGCCCACGGGUCUGCGUAAACGGACGUCAAGCAUUGCCGACGAGGGCACCUACACCCUGGACUCCAUCCUGCGUCAGCUCAGCGCCUUCCACUCCACCAUGUGCCAGCACGGCACCGACCCUGAGCUCAUCAAGCAGGUGGUGAAGCAGCAGUUUUACAUCAUCGGCGCUGUCACACUCAACAACCUGCUGCUACGCAAAGACAUGUGCUCCUGGAGCAAAGGCAUGCAGAUCAGGUACAAUGUGAGUCAGCUGGAGGAGUGGCUCAGAGACAAAGGUCUGAUGACCUGCGGAGCCAAAGAGACGCUGGAGCCUCUGAUCCAGGCUGCUCAGCUGCUACAGGUGAAGAAGAAGACUGACGAGGAUGCAGAGGCCAUCUGCUCCAUGUGCCACGCUCUCACCACUGCUCAGAUCGUAAAAGUCCUGAACCUCUACACCCCCGUCAACGAGUUUGAGGAGAGAGUGUCAGUCGCAUUCAUACGAACCAUACAGACUCGCUUGCGGGACCGCUGUGAGAGUCCCCAGCUGUUGAUGGACACGAAGAUGAUCUAUCCCGUCACCUUCCCGUUUAACCCUUCUUGCCUCGCACUGGAAACCAUCCAGAUCCCCAGCUCGCUUAACUUGGCCUUCCUCACCCGUGUCUAAUGCGAGCCCACCAGAGCACUCUGAGUCCUGCGGCGAAUUUGUCUUAGUGGCCACAGUCGGAUUUGCAAGUCACCGUCUCCCCGAAAAAUUUAAAACACCACAAACACUCGCAAAUUUCACUCACGUUAACACGAUUUGAAGUCAUGUUUAAAUAAACGGGUGAAAGGGUUCAGCAGUUUCUCUAGUUUAAACUCAGACAUGCACGCACAUACAUGAAAAAUGCAGACACGUCACAUCUGUAAAGUACUUUCAUCCUCCGAACGUACAGACGCACACUCGCCUUCUCUCUUUCACGAACGCACAGAUACGCACACAUGUGGUUAUUUCCGCUGGUUUAAAUCUGGCCGUAAGCCCUGAGCAUCAUCCGCUGCUUGUACAAAACGCCCGCCUCUUAGAGAAGCCACAGGACCAGAUCAAUGCCUCCAGUACUCGCCAUCGAUCCUUCAUCUGCGUUUCCAGUAAUCGUUAAGAUAGUUGUUGUUGUUGUUGUUGUUAUUGUCUCGAUACACGAGAGCAGGCCCACCAGGUGGAGCUGAAGCCUCAAAACAAGUUAUGAUUUGUCAGUCUAGCAGUCCGCCCUCAUGUUGGGUAAAUUCUGAGCUCCUGUGUGAGGGCAGCUGAAUGAUGAGGUGAAAAAGUCAGCGCUCUCUCCACCCCGUGUUGAGGUGACCACUGAGCAGAUUUCACUUUGUACGUUUUAUUCUCUGAACACGUCAAGCCAAGACAAAAUUCAUCAUCUGUACUAUAUUAUUUAUACAUAAAUAAAUAUCUAUAUAAAUAUGAAUAAUAUAUAUCCUGUAUUUUAUUUAUUGCACUUAUAGCUACAUCCCUUUUUAAGAUUAGAAGCUUCCCCCUUGCAGCGAAUGUGUCCGAAGUGAAGGAUGGGACCACUCUUUCCCACGGCAAACAGCUUCUUAGAGACAGUUUUAGUUGCUUCCUUGGCUAUUAUGUCAAUAUCAGGUAAAUAUGUAGUAUCUUUAAUGAGUGCCGGCACAGAUAAUUAUUUGUUAGGUCGCGUCUUAAACCUUGAGAUAUUUUUUUUGUCAUGUUUAGCCUGCAUGUCUGGCAGAUGAAGUGUAGCACAGGUUUUAUAGGCGAGGACAGAUUGAGAAGGUUUAAGGUUCAAACUCUGCAAAGGGUUUAACCUGCGACAGUCUGCACCGUUUACAGCUGUGACCAAAGCCGAGGGUCACAGGAAACACUGACAUGAACACAUACUGUAUGAGUACCAACCUUACACUCUGCUUACUGUUUUUUUUUCUUGUCUUCUGGCUCAGAGCCAUAAAAAUGUUUUACUGUUGUCAUUGUGUGAUUAUUUACUUUGUUCAGUAUUGUUAUUUUCUUAAGAUAAUCUAAAGCCAUGUAUUACUGAGCAGAAUAGAUGCAAAAGGCUGCAAAAAUCUGUUGAGCUUUACAUUCCCUCUGCUGCAUCCUCUCACAAACACAGCUCUGUUCGACUCCUCUUACAUCUCCUACCCGUCCACCUUCACUCAGCAUGUCCCAACGUGGACUUUUAUUACCAGAAAAACAGAAUGUGUUCAUUUAUUCCUCUUCUCAGUUUCACAGCUGGGUUAAGGGUGACAAAGAAGUUUUGUUUUUUGUCAUUUUGUUGUUGGUGCACAUGUUCUUUCAGCUCAGAUUGUUUGCUUGCAUGCACUGCUACUCCUGCUGCCCCCACUUAAACUGCAUGGGUUUGGCAAAAUCCAAGUGCAUGCUUUUGAUUUUAAAGAAGAGAAACCCAGGCACAGGUGAAGUGUCGGACGAGUGUCUGGUAAUCUGCCCAUGUUGGGAUUGAAGUAGUUUUCACACAUGCAUCUGCUGGAUUUGUGAGAAGAGUUGCAUGAGAUAUUUAAUAUAUUUAACCUGCCAGCUCACGUUAAAAAAAGGAGCUAAAUGGGUAUAUCAUGUCCAACCUCCUACAUUACCCAGGUGGCAUCCUCACCUAAACAAAAUCCCCUUUUCCCACUUACGUGGGCAGCAGUACUGGAACCAGUGCUGAUGUGAAAACAGUUCCGAGAAUAAGCUCACAUUUCAGCAGGUGUGAGAAACCGUUAUUAUGCAGUGUUACCAGCAGAUUUUGGGUCAUUUCCAUGUGAAGAAAUCAGGCCAGUCAUUGGUCAGUUUCUUGUGAUAGCCCCUCCUAUAUUCACUGACAUCACUGGUUGGGGUUGGGCACAAGUGCUUUUUGAGAAAAUGUAUAAAACCAGUUUAGACUGGGCACAGUGGAAAAGAAGUAAAAGGAUGCAGUGACCCGAUUCACCAGCCAUUAUUCAGAGUUUGUGUGUGAAAACAGCUUUUCCUUUGUUCGCUGCCUCGUCUUUUGGCACUUCUAGUUUACUUCUUGUUGUACCGUUAGUAUUAGGCUGCCUCUCGCCUUGAUGUGAACCUUAUUUUGCGCGGUGACCUUACCCUUUCAAAAAACACAUUUCACUUUGAUGGAAUAUUUUCUCCUUACACACAUGAACUGGAUUCUGCAGUUUUGAUUAAAAUUUUUCAAACCUUUUCAAGGAUGUAAAAUUUACAUUCAGAGGGGGGGAAAAAACUAUCAAGGUGACGUACGAAUGCCAAACUCUAAUUUUAAGUGGAGUAAUUAUGUAAAGCUAUUUUGUGUUGCACUUUCCUGGGACCAUGUUUUUGUUAUAUUGGUUGGAUUUGUAGUUGGUUUAGUGUAUGUUGUGUGCAAAGAGAACAUAUCUUGUAGUCGUAAGAAAGAUGGUUACUGAAGGAGUUAAUCAAUUAUAUGAAUGUUUAAAAACGUUGAAGUGUAUCAUGAUUUUUAGCUGCACAUUGUAGACCAAGCCUUAUCUGAAUCACUUGCUAUCUGAAUGACUUACACACAUGAUCAACGAACAUUAUGGCAUUGUUUUGUUCUAUCAGUGCAGUAUUUUUUUUUUCUUUCACUGUAAAAUGAAUAGAAAUGUGUUUUUUAUUUUGAUUGCGUGUCAUUCGGUCCUGCAGUUGGUGUCACAGACAUCAAAAUGAACUUUUUUUCAACACUGCAGAGGAAAUCUGAUAAACGAUAGAUGGGUAUGGACUGUAAAAAGAAAUCCAUCAAACUUCCCCGUUCUUUUCACACAAGUGCAGCCUGUUGACCUUCCUCUAGGUAAUGUCCUGACUGACUAACAUCUCUUUGUUAACAUUAUAAGUUGAUGUGUGGCACAGGUGUCAGAGAUGAAGCUCAGAGUCAGAGGACACUGCAAAGGAUUAGCUAGUUUCAGAGUAAAAACAAAAAGCAUCUUCAUUCAUUCAGUGGUUCGUGUUACUUUCUUAGUUGAGCAGAGCUGCUGCAGCAUCUUGUUCCCCUGGGCUUCUCUUGGGCUCUCAAACAGGAGAGAAAUGUCAUUCAUUCACUCUGCAUUUCCAUACUAAAGAGAGAAUCGGCUGUAUGAUAUGACUCAGACAUUAUAAAUUACCAUUGUUCUCAUCAGCACUAGCAUAAAUUGUGCCGUUUUAAAGAAAUGUUCAAAACUAACUUAAAAAGAGAUACAUCCCCUCCCCAGCUCUUGAGGUACUGGUGUGAACAUGCUGAAGCCGGUACCAGAUGUUUCCUCUCCGAUCCCAUGUGUACAUUUGGAAAAACUGGACUGUUUGUAGUUUCUGGUAGCUGUGCUUAGUGAAUGUGUUCACUGUUAAGAAACUUGGAAUAAAUUGUCAAAUCUGUAAAAGUAAAAUAAAAGAAUUCCGCACUG